GGGCGGAAGUCCUGGCCUCGUUUGUCCGUUAGCUCACGUUAGCUCACGUUAGCUCACAUCGACGCAGACUUUAAAUGGAAACACAACACAUUUAUCUCCCUUUUCUUCACACCUGAGCACAACCCGGGUUAUAUUCUAACUUUACGAACUGUCUCACAUUUUAUUGUCGCUUUAAAAGCUAACGGUUAGCCGCGGUAGCUCGGCGCGUGGACGAAGGUUGACGAAAUGUCUCGCCCGCGGUCCAGAUCACCACGUUACAGGAGGUUUCCGUGGGAGGAGCCGGACUUUGAUCCUUAUAAAGUCCUUGCAGAACUGGACGGGGAUCAGUUGGACCGGAGCCACCGGCCCAGAGAAGAUCCGGAGGAACACCUGGAUUACUUCAGGGAAGAUAUGUACCCAGAAGCCCCGAGGAGAUCCUCUCCUUUCGCAGACGACCGACACUUUGUGCAUCAGCGGCAUCCGAACCAGGAGGAGUUUUACCGCAGGAGGCCGUCGCCUCAACGCGACGCGAUGAGCUACAGCGACCGAAGACUUACCCCGCUGCGUGACGGAGGAGCGGACGGAGAGAGACGCAGAGGAGGCUUUAGAGAACACUUCCACAGUUUUGAAAACAGGGGGAGGUCGCCACACACGCCUCCGAUGGUGAAGAGGGAAAGGUUGCCGCCGAUGCCGAGGUCUCACGCCGACCACCAACAGAGAGAGCCGGAGAUGUGCUGGAGGAGAGAGGAGCAGGGUCGAGGUCGAGGGAGGUUCAGAGACCUCAGUCCCAGUGGGAGGUCAGACGACCAGAGAGGGGGAGCAGGUAGGGAGAGAGGGAGGAGGAACACACAGGGUCCUGACAGACGAAGAGAGGAGUCGCAUCAAGAGAGGAACCCCUCCUUUAAAAGGCAAAGAAGAGAAACGGAUGACGGCAAUCACCUUGGGUACAGGAAUGAGGAGGACUUUGGGGAGCAACGUUACUCAGUGGAGACACCCAGAGAUGGGUUUGGAGGAGACAGUCAGGGGAGCCUCUCCCGUGGAGAGAUUCGACAUUCGGGACCACUUGUCAUUGAACACGAUCACGGCAUCGCACACAGCAGAGAACCGUCUCGAUGGGAACAGUUUGACAGUCGUGGAGAUCUUGACCCUGACUUUGAUCGUCAGAGGGGUCCCCGUCCGAUGCGCUCCUCUCAAGAGCGAUUCAGGACCUCAGAAAGCCGGUUGGAUGAUCGGGAAGAUUCAAGAGGACGACACUUUCAAGAUAACUGGAGAGACUCCGACUAUCAUGAAACUAGGAGGAGCCCAACACCACAAGAUAGACCAAACGCCAUGAGAUAUGGUAAUCGAGACGGUCCCGUGAACCACAGGGGCAGGGGCGGUUCCCGUCCAGCGAGAGGGGGGUUCAGUCGCGGCCAGGGUGGAAGAACUGGACCGCAGAGGAAUCAGCAACACUUACAGCAAACCUCCCAGGGAUACCAAGAUAAUCCUCACGAAGAGCAAAGGUUGGGGUACCGAGCCUUCAGGGAAGAUUGUUACGAGGAUCCCGUCAAACGGGCGGCUGAUUGGUCCGAAGAAACCCGACCACAACAGUGGAAACACGACAGGACUGGAAGUCUGGACCGACACGUGCCGAAGAUUGACUUGGACCCUAAAAUGCCUCGUCAAAGAGUGCGCGGAUGGAGCGAACAGAAACCCAGUAACAUGGCGGUCGUAACGGAGGAAACGCUCACCAUCAAAGUGGACAUGAGCCGACCCGUAAACCAAAACAGCUCGCUGUGUUACUCCUCAGACAGGCAGCUCUCUUUAGACCUCGUCAAUGUAGGUCGCCAACGUUUGGACUUCCUGCCAAUGCUGGAGCACUCUGGGACGUAUCGGGAGACCUCCAUGCACACUGGGACUUUUGCCCAGGAGAUCAUCACGCUGGUCCACCAGGUCAAAGAGCAGUAUUUCAGAGAUGAUGGGGUCACCCUGAACGAGCGUUUCUCAGCUCCCCAAAAAGGCGGCUACUCUGAAGACGAGACAGAGGAGCUGACGUUGGAUGAGAGGUUCAGUUUAACCCGAGGCUUCAGCUUAAACAUGAGCUCGCUGCUUGACGACGACGAGCCUCUGUUCUCCAGACUGGGACCUCUGCCGGUGCGAGGCCCGGGCGACCUGAGGCACGACCUGGAGAGGAGGAGACAGGAGAAGCUGGAGGGGGUUAAAGUCACAAUAUCAGGGAACAGUAUGUCACAGCGCCCCCUGGGGUCAGUCAGCGAGCCGAGUCUGGAGUACAGUGACAAGGACGAAAUGGCUCCGAUGGAGGACGAGGGAUUCUCCAACUGGCCGGAGGAGCAGAGCAGGAGGCGGGAAGGCAACAUGGGACCAAGGAGAGGACCCUCCUUCAGGCCGAACACCGGCCCCCAACGCAGGAACUAUCGCUUCAACAACCGGCUCGGACCAGUGAGGCGACAGAACAACCGUAACAACCCUCCAGGUCCGAGCUGGUGACGGGACACCGGAGAGGUUGUCCCCGUUUGGAUGCUGCUGGUUUGUUGAAGACUUUUAUACUGCUUGUAAAAACCAGCCGAUGAUAAGGAAGUAUUUUCUACUUUGCUCUGGCCGGUUUGAUUUCGGUCAACAGCACAAUGUUGGCGUCAGACUGAUGAAUUCAACUGAAUGUGAAACGAUCUGUAACUUCUGCCUACACCUGUCCUUCCAUCUUUAUUUCUUUGUGUCUUUCUGUUAUUGAUCUCUGUAUUUCACCGUUCACAUGUGUAAUGUUGAUUUAAAACAUUUUAAUCAAACGGUUGCCAUUUAUCUGGAUAAUGUCGGUUUGAGCGUCAACGGCUGUAUCGUUAAGAGAUCUCAUUUAAACAGAGGUAUUAAAUGUGAAACUAAUAAAAUUCAAUCAGCUUUUUUUUUUCCUGUCAUCAGGUCGUUGUUUAGCUGCUAUAUUGAUCUAGUUAUGUUAAUGAACAUAGAUGUCGCCUCAUAUUGAUUUCAAUUCAAUUUUAUCUGUAUUUGUUUCAGUGUCGCUCUCCACCAGCCGUUCUGUCAGUCACAUAUCUCGGUGCUGCUGAACUAAUAAAACAUUUGUCCUUUU